AUGGUCGAAGACAAAUAUGUUGGCCUCAUGCUGGCCGUGAGCUCGUCACUGGCGAUUGGAGCGAGUUUUGUCAUUACAAAGAAGGGCCUCAAUGCCUCGAUGGAGAAGCAAGGCUUCAAUGGAGACGGCUUUGGAUACCUACAGAACCCCGUGUGGUGGGCCGGCAUAACAACAAUGGUUCUCGGCGAGAUUUUCAACUUCGCAGCCUAUGCUUUCGCGCCUGCCAUUUUGGUGACGCCUCUAGGAGCGCUUUCAGUCCUCAUCGGUGCCGUGCUUGGUUCAUACUUCCUGGACGAACAAUUGGGCCUACUAGGCAAGAUCGGCUGCGCGAUAUGUCUCAUCGGAUCCGUCAUCAUCGUACUGCAUGCGCCGCCAGACAAAGAGGUCGAGUCCGUCGAAGAGAUCUUGAAUCUCGCGCUCCAGCCAGGUUUCCUCUUCUACUGCGCUUUCUGUGUCGUCUUCUGCAUCUUCAUGAUAUACAAGAUUGCGCCCAAAUACGGUCGCAAGAACCCGCUCAUUUACCUCUCCAUUUGUUCGACAGCCGGCUCCGUCUCCAUCAUGUUUAUCAAGGCCUUCGGUAUUGCCCUGAAGAUGACAUUUGCUGGAAACAACCAGUUUACACACCCUUCGACAUACGUCUUCGUAAUCCUGGUCGUGGGCUGCAUUCUCACGCAGAUGAACUACUUCAACAAGGCCCUGAGCCAAUUCUCGACAAACAUUGUCAACCCCCUCUACUACGUCAUGUUCACGACCUGUACCCUCGUCGCUUCUUGCCUCCUCUUCCAAGGCUUCAACACUACAUCCGCAGUCAACACCAUCUCCCUGCUCUGCGGUUUUCUCAUCAUCUUCUCGGGCGUCUAUCUCUUGAACCUCUCGCGCGAAGACCCUAACGGCAACAAAGCAUUCGGCUCGCGUUUCACCGACGGCCCGCCUUCAGAUGCCAUUUCUGGCUUUCCCACAAGACGCAGUAUGCAGGCGCGACGCAGCGAGGAGCUUUUUGAGCGACAAUCGGUGGGGGUCAUUCGCGACGGCAGAUCUAGCUACGCCGAUGCAGGUGAUCGAGGCGCGCUUAUGCACGACUACGAUGUGGAGAACCAAUUCGAGCUUGGCGAUCUGGCUGAUAGCGACGAUGAGCUGGAAAGCGGCCAGAAUACCAAGCGGACGAGCUUCGAUGAGGAAGCGCGGUUGAACGGAAGACUAAGCGGUGCAGGCAGAGGGCGAGUCCACAAAGAAUCAGUACAGCCGAAGAGGAAUUCGUCAGUCCGAUAG